AUGUUUUUUAAUACUUUGGGACCUUUAAUAGUUGUGCUUGCCUGCAUCUUAUCAACACAAACAAUAGCAUUCAUAGUCAGUGCUGAUAACAGCUUCACACUCCAUUACAUCGCAUAUCUGACCAUUGGACUUCAGUGGAUAUUCUUUGCUCAUGCUCGUGGAUGUUCUGCAACUAAGAGGACUGAAAAGCAUUUUGAUGUAGUUGGAAGUGCCACAUUUGUUUCGGCAAUAAUCGUCAAUUUUGUCAUCAGUGGACAUUACAGCAUCAGAACUGUCUUCCUUAAUUUACUAAUUAUCAUUUGGACAGUCAGAUUGGGAGCAUUUUUGAAUGCAAGAAUCACCAGAAAUAAUGGAAUUGAUGCAAGAUUUGCUGACUUCAAGACAAGUUUGUGUCGAUUCCUGAUGAUUUGGACACUCCAAGGUGUUUGGGUGUUCAUCAUGUUACUUCCACUGCUGAUUAUCUCACAAAAUGAAAAGAAUAUUCAGCUUGAAGCUCUUGAUUACAUCGGAUGCAUCCUGUUUAUUGCUGGAAUUUUAAUUGAAUCUAUUUCUGACUACCAAAAACUUCAAUUCCGUUCAGAAUCUAAAAACAAGGAUAAAUUCAUCAAGUCUGGCUUGUGGACUUACUCAAGACACCCGAAUUAUUUUGGUGAAAUUUUGCUUUGGUGCUCAAUCGCUGUUAUUGCAUUUAGUGGAUCUCAAUCGUGGCUUGUCUUUAUAUCACCGGCUUUUAUAGCUUCAAUGCUGAUUUUUGGAAGUGGAAUUCCAAUUUUAGAAAAAAAUGCUGAUGAGAAGUUUGGACAUUACGAAGAAUACAAGAUUUAUAAAAAAUCUACACCAGUUUUAGUUCCAUUUAUUGGACGCUGUGGUGAUGCUAUGUUCUAAGCAUGAUGAAGGGGGGAU